CAGCCUCGUUUACGCUCUCCUCAGUAGCCACAGUACUUCUGGAGAAGUUUCUGAGGCUGAUGGUCGAAAGGAGUAUAUUGUGUACAUGGGAGACAAGCCUUCUGGGGAUAUCUCAGCGGUUACUGCUCACACCAACAUGCUGCAACAAGUCUUUGGCAGCAAUAUUGCAUCGGAUUCUCUACUCUACAGCUACAAAAGAAGUUUCAAUGGAUUUGUAGUGAAGCUAACAGAGGAGGAAAUGAAGCAAUUGGAGGGAAUGGAUGGUGUGGUCUCCAUUUUCCCUAAUGAGAAGAAAAGGCUCCACACAACAAGGUCAUGGGAUUUCAUCGGGUUUCCCCAACAAGUUAACAGAACAAGUGUUGAAAGCGAUGUUAUCAUCGCAGUACUAGACACCGGAAUAUGGCCGGAGUCUGACAGCUUCAAAGAUAAAGGAUUAGGUCCACCGCCUAGCAAAUGGAAGGGCAUUUGCCAGGGCUUAUCCAAUUUCACUUGCAACAAUAAAAUCAUCGGGGCUAGGUACUAUCGGAGCUAUGGAGAAUUUAGCCCAGAAGAUUUGCAAACCCCAAGAGAUUCAGAAGGCCAUGGGACACACACUGCAUCCACUGCAGCUGGGGGCCUAGUUAGCAUGGCAAGCCUGUUGGGGUUUGGCUUAGGGACUGCUCGGGGUGGGGUUCCAUCAGCUCGUAUAGCUGUGUAUAAGAUAUGUUGGUCUGAUGGCUGUGCUGAUGCUGAUAUCCUUGCAGCCUUUGACGAUGCAAUUGCUGAUGGGGUUGACAUAAUCUCUCUUUCAGUUGGGGGUUCCACUCCCAAGAAUUAUUUUGCAGAUUCAAUUGCAAUUGGAGCUUUUCAUGCAAUGAAAAAUGGGAUACUAACAUCAACUUCUGCUGGUAACGACGGACCCAACUUUGCUUCCAUCACAAAUUUCUCGCCAUGGUCUCUUUCUGUGGCUGCUAGCACCAUAGACCGGAAGUUUUUUACCAAGGUGCAACUAGGUGACAGUAAGGUUUAUGAGGGAAUUUCAAUAAACACAUUUAAGCCCAAUGGCAUGUAUCCUUUUAUUUAUGGUGGGGACGCACCGAAUAUUACAGGAGGUUUUAGUGCCAACACAUCCAGGUUUUGCACUAGGAACUCGUUGGACCCCAAUUUAGUCAAGGGUAAAAUUGUUCUUUGUGACAUAUUUAGCAACGGGACAGGUGCAUUCUUGGCAGGUGCAGUUGGGACGGUGAUGGCGGAUAGAGGAGCCAAAGAUUCUGCCAGGCCUUUUCCUUUGCCUGCAUCUUACCUUGGCGCACAGGAUGGUAGCAGUAUUGCCUACUAUGUAACCUCAACAAGUAACCCAACGGCAUCCAUAUUGAAGAGCACUGAGGUCAAUGACACAUUGGCUCCAUUUAUAGUCUCCUUCUCAUCAAGGGGUCCAAACCCAGCUACACUAGACAUUCUCAAGCCGGAUUUAGCUGCCCCCGGAGUCCAUAUUCUGGCAUCAUGGCCACCAAUUUCUCCAAUUUCUGGGGUGCAAGGUGAUACUCGAGCAGUGCUGUACAAUAUGCAAUCUGGCACAUCCAUGGCUUGCCCACAUGCUACUGGAGCAGCAGCCUACAUCAAGUCAUUUCAUCCCACCUGGUCUCCUGCUGCUAUUAAGUCUGCUCUCAUGACUACUGCUCUUCCCAUGAGCGCUGAAAAAAAUCUGGAUGCAGAAUUCGCAUAUGGCGCAGGCCAGAUAGAUCCUUUAAAGUCUGUAAACCCUGGUUUGGUAUAUGAUGCUGAUAAGAUUGACUAUGUAAAAUUUUUGUGUGGGCAAGGUUAUACUACCCAGAUCCUACAACUUGUUACUGGGGAUAACAGCGUCUGCUCUGAAGCCACAAAUGGAACUGUCUGGGAUCUAAAUUACCCUUCCUUUGCUCUCUCCAGCUUCACCUUUGAAUCUAUAACUGGUGUGUUCACCAGGACUGUCACAAAUGUUGGGUCGCCCGUAUCCACAUAUAAAGCUACUGUGACAGGUGCCCCAAUUGGACUUCAAAUCCAAGUUGUACCAGACAUUUUAUCAUUCACAUCGCUCGGGCAGAAGCUGUCCUUUGUGUUGAAGGUUGAAGGAAGCACAGAUAAAAGCUUAGUCUCUGCUUCUUUGGUGUGGGAUGAUGGUGUACAUCAAGUGAGGAGCCCCAUUGUUGUGUUUGUUGUCGCGACAAAUUGAAGAAUACAAAUGCCUCCCACCAAAAAAAAUAAAGCAUUGCAGUUGUUAUACCUAUAAAAUAGAAAUCCGUGAAUAUGUAUAGGUAUCAUUUGAUUUGCUUUCUUUUAGGAUGCAGUGUGCUGUUUUUAGAUCCAAUAUUGGCUGUAUAUUUAUGUUAUUUUUGAGGAAGAUUGU